UAAAGCAGAUACGUGACCUCUCAAUGAGAAAACAUCUCUCAUUGAAAAGAGAAAACGAAACCGCAGGUGACGCAGAAAGGAGGCUCUUAUCUACGAGCGCCAGUCAGUGACGGCUUCAGUAGGAGCUAUGGACUAUCAGUGAGCAUGUGCCCUGCUGUGAUCACACUGACCGAAAGAAUUCAAUCAAGGAUGGAGUACAAGAAUGAAAAUGCUGGUAUAGAACUGCUUCUUGCUCACAUGAACAUUGAAGACUUCAUCCAGGAGGCAGAGAAUUUUUAUUGUGUUAGCGAAGAGGUGGAAUCAGAAGUCUCAUUUGAGGAAAGUUUCUCGCAAGAAGACAUGGACGAGAACGAGGAAACGUCACAGGAUCUAAUCACACAUGCGCAAAAUCCUGGAAAGGUCCGUUAUGGGACAGCAUCCGACCUCCUGGACUUUGUCAAUAUGGUCUCAAACACACCAUCCUCCUCGCUCUUAGAUGUUGGUCAAGAAAUGGGUGUUCUGCUAAACAAGACAGACAUGGUCAUUAAGGAGGGGCAUUAUCGCAUUGACUUGGACGUUCUCCUGUUUCCGUGGAAACUGACCUACAAGCCCAUAGGCCCUGGACAUGUUCCCAAAGGCUCAUUUGGAAAGGUCCAUCUGGCUCAGGACACCAAAACGCGGAAGCGAAUGGCAUGCAAACUAAUUCCUGUGGAACAUUUCAAGCCUGCAGAUGUGGAAAUCCAAGCCCGGUUCCGACACGAGAACAUAGCAGAGCUGUAUGGGGCAUUGCUGUGGGAGCAAACGGUGCAUUUGUUCAUGGAAGCGGGCGAAGGGGGCUCGGUUUUGGAGAAGCUGGAAAGCUGUGGUCCAAUGAGAGAGUUCGAGAUCAUCUGGGUCUCUCAGCAGGUUCUGCGAGGCCUGGAGUACCUGCACUCUCACAACAUUAUACACCACGACAUCAAACCCAGUAAUAUUGUGUUGAUGUCCGCCAAAGCCGUGCUGGUGGAUUUUGGUCUUACAGUACAGAUGAAGGAUGAUGUAUAUGUUCCUCGGGACCUACGUGGCACCGAGAUGUACAUGAGUCCAGAGCUGGUUCUGUGUCGAGGGCACAGCACAAAGACUGACAUCUACAGUCUGGGAACCACAAUCAUACACAUGAUGAGUGGCAGUCCUCCAUGGGUUAGGAGAUAUCCCAGAACAUCCUACCCCUCAUACCUCUACAUAAUCCACAAACAGGCCCCUCCUCUGGAGGACAUACCUGAAAGCUGCAGCCCUGCGAUGCGCAGGCUCCUGGAACACGCCCUCGAUAGGGUCCCGGCACGGAGGAGCUCUGCCACAGAAUUAUUGAACGAGGAGGCCCUCCAUCCGUCUCGGGAAGACCAGCCACGCUGUUGGAGUCUGGACUCUGCGCUGGAGGAGGGCACACAUCCACUGCUGCGACAGAUCAGUCAGCUUUCAGACAGCACUCAAGAAUCUUCUUUGUACACCGAGGAUUCUGGGCACUCUAAGAAGAAAGGUUCCCUCUAUAUUGAUUUGGGUGCCUUCACUGGCUACUACAAUCUGGUUAGAGGGCCACCAUCCAAUGAAUAUGGCUAAUAAGAUGAAAUUUUUCCUGAAGACCAGUGGGGUACUUGUAUAGUCUGCAUUCAUAUAGAAGUUGUCAGAAAUGCAUGGAUGCGUCAGUUCAGUGGAGCCAAACUCUCCCACAAGAUGAUUCAGCAUAUAUGGUGUCCUAAAUGAGGACAGCGUACGCUAAUUGGAUAAAGAGCCGUCCAAUUAUGCUUUUUAGACAUUCGAAACUUGUUGAAGAGAAGAACAAACUGUGGUUUUUAAUGUUUGAUGAACAGUUUGUAAGGUUUUAUUACAGUUCCUUGUCUGUGCUUUGAGAGAAUGAAUAUAAUGACAACAUUUUGUACAUAAAAUACAUACUAUUAGGGAUGCACCAAUAUUACAAUUCUGGCCAAUACAGAUUAACCGGUAAUUACUUAUGUCUGAUAAACAAUUAAUGGCCAAUAUUAAAGCUAUACACUAUUUUGUUUAAAAAAUAAAUAAAUAAAAUACAUUUACGCAUUACAACAUUAUAACGUACAGUAUAAAAAAUGCAUCUCUAAUAUUUCUGAGAAACAAUAUGGUGUUCAUAUAUUGUUCAUCCCUGAUAUCCAAAUACAGAUAAAUACUUUCUGCUUUUUAUAUAAACUGUAAUUGCAAAGCUUGUGCUAGAUGCAUUGAUUAUGUAUUCCAUAUCUGAUCACAUAAGGCAGGCCUUAAUGAGAAUGUCAAAUAUGCUGAAAUAUUCAUGCAAACGAUUAUUAUUAUAGUUUAUGACUGCCAAAAGCAGAAUGGUUUUUUAUUAUUAUUGUUAUUUUUGACCAUAGCAGGGCUAUGUAUGUAUCUCCAGUGAACUACAGAGGCAGGCCUGUGUUAUUUGAAAGUAUAUGCGUUCUGACCUACAUUUGUAGGGUUUCUUUUUUGUGAAAUAUUAAUCAUAAUGAAUGAUUAAUGAAUUGAAUUUGAACAUUUGACCUUAAUUUUAGUUUAUCAGUGUCAUUAGCAAAUCAUUGCAUUAAUAAUUUUGGUUUAAUGUAUGUUUUGCAAUCCCCAUGUGAGUGCCUUGUCUUUAAAUAGCUUUAUCUGAGAUCCCUGGAUAAUACAUCUAUUGUAAAAAUAAGAGAUGGCAAAAAAAAGGACACUACAACAAUAUUUUUUUUUCCCAGGAAGUGUUUUCAGAUGAUACUGAAAAUCAUCUCAGGUUGAUAUUCCUAUGGAAUGUUUUUUUUGUUGUUGUUGUUGCAAUGCAAGACAAUGAAACAAGCACUCAGACAAAAAUGUAUUAGAUCAUCCAGAUCCUCCCAGUGAAUGUUCAUAAAAUUUCAUAAAUAAAACUCCAUAAAUACUU